AACCUAACCAUGAGGACAGAAAGUAAUUGCGUUGGGUUAUACAGUAAAUAAAGGACUCCUGAGGCAUCAUCCAGCAAGAAAUGUGUUGUUCUGCUUUCUCUCUCGAUGCAAACUGGUCAAGGGAAGCAGACAGAAGCAAGUUGCAGUCUGCUGCAGCAGUAGUGGUGAAUCACCUCUGUGGAAAUGAUUAAUUAUUGGAAUUCAGGGCCAGCUGAACACAAUAGAUGUGAAAGUGGAAGAGAGUCACUGAUGCUAUGAUUCGCUUGAGCAAAGAGGGGGACGGCAUAUUCUCACCAGGGUAAAGUAGAAUAGCUGCUAGAAGAUGACUCAGCAUUCAGGCAGCUUGCAGACGAUAUUCCUAUAUUGAAGAUAAACCUGUUCUCAACCUGCUCCAUUGUUCAAUGCGUGCUGUUUCAAAACCUGAAAAGACUUGAAUGGUACAGAGAUGACUGCUUUGUGCACAAUUCUUGCGGCACUCACCGUGAUCUCUUGUGUGUUGGGGGACAAGUCCGGACAGUACGCCUACGGCUCUGGUGUCACAGAGGCAGCCGACUUUGCCAUUGACUUUCAUAAUCGCAUGAACAAAUAUGCUUUUGCGUACAAGGUCGUCGACAUUCUAUCUGCCACACCACAGAUUUACCCUCCUGCUCGGGUGAAGCACACCAUGACUGUCAAAGUGGGAGAGACUGUGUGUAAGAACGAAGCCAAUGUAAACUUGGCUGAUUGCAGACUGCAGAACUCUCCGAAUCUCAAGACUAUGAUCUGCCAUUUUGUUGUGCUUGAUGUCCCACAUUCUGCCUUUCCGACUCCAAGCUACCUUCUGAUGGACCAGUGUAAUUGACAUGGACUUGGAAUUUAAGUUUGUCAAAGCAUUCUGGAAUGAACUAACCGUCCUCCUGCAUCACCACCAUACAUCUACAAUUCUUUAAAAGCAUCGUAUUGUCAACACAAACACAAUAUUUGAAGCUUGACAUUUAGACUUUGAUUCACAGUCUUUGAACUCCUUUAGUAUGUUUUACAUGUUAUACAUCUUCAAUAAUCCUUUGGCCACCACAGUCAAGAUCUACUGAUUAAUUAAGAGGUUAAUAAAUGACGUUGAAAAGGCA